AUGCAUCUGCGGUCAAGAUCCCAGGCAAACUCCACGCAAGAUUGCGAGCGCCAUGCAGCGGUAUCAUUCAGGGAGACGGCCGACGAGUUAGCUACGGAGCAAGCCAUGGACGACGACAUCCCAUCCUUCGACAUCAGCACAAGUGUGCUUGUCCCCUUCAUCGCCAUCCUCGGAUCAUCUGCCCUUGCUCUCCGAGGCUUCUGGAGUGUCCUCUCCUCUCCUGGAUGUACGGUCGGGGACGAUCUCUCCAGUCAUUUCGCAGAGAUCUCUUUCUUCGCUCAGAGCAUCCGCCAUGGCCGACUCGACUUCUGGUUCGACCAGGUCCAGCUCGGGUACCCUCUCUUCAUGACCUACUCUCCUCUCCCCCUCCUCCUCCUCGCCCCCGUCCUCCUCCUUGCCGGCGGGGACGUCGACCGCGAGCUGUUCGUUUUCCGCUUCAUCCUCCUCAUCCUCUGGGUCCUGGCGCCGAUGGCGUGGUACAGAGGAGCCAGAGGCCUCGGGCUCGACAGGCUGCAGGCAUCAGCGUGCUCCCUGCUAUGGAUGAGAGUCAGCGACCAGCACUCGUUCGGGGUGGGAGUGAACGCGCUGCUGGGGAAAGGGCUCCUGUCGCACUUCAUGGCCUGCCUCCUCCUCCCUCUGUGGGUGGGGAGCUUCUCCUCUCGACUGGCGGUGCUGAUGCGUCAGGAGGAGGAGGAGGAGAGGAGGAGGAGGAGGAGAGGGUGGAGAUGGCAGCAGGCGUUGAAGGGGAGCCUGUCACUCGUAGGAGGAGGACGGAGUCAGGAGGAUCUCGCCUCUGCCCUCUGCUUCACCUUCAUCCUUAUGUCAAACACCUUCUCUGCCAUCUUCGCGCUCAUGGCCGGGGGCGUCCUGUGCCUUGCCCACUCCCGCCGGGUGCAGCAACUGCUGGAGAGCAGCUGGCUCCUAGCUAGGAUUGUUCUCUUGGCAGCAGUAUGCAACUUGUUCUGGAUGAUGAGGUUUCUGCUGCACGUCGGGGAUCAGGGAGGGCUGCCGUUCAAGCACUGGCCCAACUUCAAGGGUGACAAGCCGUCUGCCGUGUGCCGGUUCCUCCUGUCGGGGGACGCGUUCGAUCACCCGGGCUAUCCGCUAUGCACGCUGGCGGCUCUUGUUGGGUUUGCAUGCGCGAGCUCCGUGGGGGGAGAGAAGGGCUGUGCUGAAGACAAGCCGGCCGGAGGAGGAGCCAGGAGCGAGGAGAGGAGGAGCGAGGAGGGGAGGAGCGAGGAGGGGAAGAGCGAGGAGAGGAGGAGCGAGGAGAGGAGCGGGAAGGAGAGGAGCAGGGAGGACGUGCAGGAGUGGUUGCAGCGGCGAGUUUCAGAGCUGCGGGCGACUCCCCUGGAGCCCUUUGACCUGUCGCGCUUCAUGCGUGCCCCGACGCAUGCGUGCCGGUCUCUGAAGCUCCUCCUCCUCCUCUCUGCUGUGAUGCUUCACGGCCGUUCGAACCUGCGCGCAAUCUACUCGCUCCUCCCCUUCCACGACGACGUAGAGUCCAUGAGAUAUAUCCUCGGCGUGCAUACAGCAGGGAUCUUCCUGGGAGGGAUAGCGGCAGCGUCUCCUAUCAAGUUUCUGUGGGAGAAGAUGAAAGAGAGGAGCAGGAGCUCGUUUGUUCGACUCUGCUGCUUCUUCACCCUCCUUUUUGACAUCAACAGCCUGGGCUACAGAGACAUUGUAGAGCACCUGCGUGAAGACAAGCGUCGAGGUGCCGGGCACAGGUACAUGGUACACCAGUCCACCCGCUCCCACUUCACGCUCAACAUGCUCGCGCACGUGGCGGGGGCGGCAGGGCUGAUCUCCUACUCUAGAGGCUACCACGACACCCUCAGCUUCUGGCACCUCGAGCACUUCAGCUGGACUCCAGCUCUGUUCCGCCUGUACAACGUAAAGCACGUGGUGGUCGCCAAGAAGAAGGUCCUGCAGGUGCCCAGCUACAUUUCUACCGUCUUCCCCAGCUGCGCUGCCAACGUCUCAAUGGACGGGUGCAUCUCCCAGCUCGGGAACGGGUACAGCCUCCACCAAGUUAGCGGGGAGUUCGGGCUGGUUGAGAUCGUUUCCUCCCCGCUUGUCGUCUGCUCGAGAGGAGGGUACAAGUCCCCUGCCCUCCGCUACCUCCUGCUCAAUAUCACCCGGGGUAUGUACGAGCAAGGCAUGCUGCCCAGCCUCAGCAGGGGUUCCUGCUCUGGAGCAGGAGGAGCAGGAGGAGCAGGAAGGGGGAAAGAUACUUUGGAGGGAGCUGGGGAGAGAGACGUGCUGGAGGUGCUGGAGAGCAACUCGGAGUACGUGAAGAGGAAAGGUCUCGAGGGGCCGGUGGCCCUGCAGCAGGCGAUAGAGAAGUUUGCGGCCUACAAUCUCCGCCUUGUGGGAAUGGAGACGAUCAAAGCUGGGCUAGAGCAGGUCAGUAAGCUGGUGCAGGUUGCGGUGGAGUCGAGAUGGGGAGCGGGGAUGGAGGGCAGCGGGAGGAGCAGGUGCGAGGUUGUGAGGGAGGAGGAACGUGAUCCUGGGAGGGUGGCGGCGAGAGUGAAGUGCCAUGGCGGGUUCAGGCCGGCGGGUUCGGAUGUUGUCGUGCUGAAGAUGAGCUUUCACUCGCUGUGGACUGUGGUGGCGAGGUGGAGGGAGGAGGGGCGGGGGAAGGAGAAGCGCGUGGAGCACUUUGCGGUUUCUCCAAACCUGAUCGGGGUCUCCAUGUUGGACUUCAAGGAGGGCUUCGAGGACGGACAGGAGGUUGAGUUGCUCUUCGCGUUCCGCAACCCAAGAGAUCAGCACAUUCUUUUCGUCUUCUCUGUUGUGUUGUUGUUGUACAUGAUGUACCGGAUGCUUCGAGAUGCGUCGUACAAGUCUUGCAAGGAGUUGAAGAUGACGUUGUUGAGCAAGCAACCACAUCGGAAAUUUCGACUUCGCAAGGCCGAGUAG